ACAGUAGCAAGUCGCUGAAAGGUAACUUCCUCCACCAAUCCUGGCUUUUUGCUUUCGAAACGCCGCUGGAGUGCAAGUUGCAAAGCCUAAACGAAGCUAAUGUGUGAAAGAGGAGAAGGUUAUAAAAUGUAUAUUCGUAUAUUCUGUCUCCUUUUCACUAGCAUCGAGUGAGUUCGCCACUUUUCUCUUUUUUUCCCUUUAACUGAGCGACCGACGGACGAUAAUGUUGGCGUCAUGAAGGCUCUGAUUAUCAGACUUUGGAAAACAAAUUGGGUAUUGUCGGUGAAUUCUCGGGAGAUGGCAGAGUAGUUCGACCUGCUCCUGAUACCGAGGCGUCUCUGAAAGCACUACGAAAAAAACCCGUAAGGUCUAAAAUGACAAGUGGGGUCUUUCUCCUGGUAGUGCUCACUCUGGUCCUUCCCUUUUCCAGCUUGGAAGGUGUGAACAAUGUGAGAAAUGAGUGUUUGUGUGACGGACCUUCCUGCAGCAGUGGGGAACGGUGUUUUGGACAGCAGUGCUUCACAUCUCUCUCAGUUCUGAACGGGACAUCCGUCUUUCAGAGGGGCUGCAUUGUGGGUAAUGAAGAUGAGCUGCGCUGCAAAAACUCACCAACUCCCGAGCUUGUUGUGGUGUGCUGCUCCGGACAUUUGUGUAACACGAACAUUACCUUGCAGUCCCCAGUGAAAGAUGUCGAACAGUCUGCUGGCAGACCAGUCCUAAGAGACCAAGAGUGUGUAUGCGAGGGUGGCAUGUGUGAGCAUGACCAUCGCUGCACAGGCCAGCAGUGUUUCUCUUCACUGCAGAUGAUUGACGGGACAGCUGUCCAACAGAAGGGCUGCCUGAGGGAUGAUGAGGAGGGCAGAGCUACCUGUUCUCUGCCACCCUCGUCGGUCCAUGUUAUCAAGUGCUGCCAGGGCCAUCUGUGUAACAUGAACGUCACUGUGCAAGCUCCAGGGAAAGACGAAGUGAAGUCCUUGAUCAAAGAGGAGCACGAGUGUGUGUGCGAGGGGAGCUCAUGUGUGACGGGGAAUCGCUGCUUGGGCCACCAGUGUUUCUCAUCUCUGACAGUCAGUUCUGGCUCCCUGGUGUACCAGAAAGGCUGCUUUAAGGUCUAUGAGCAGAGCACGAUGACCUGCAAGACCCCACCUUCCAGAGACCAGACUGUCGAGUGUUGCCAUGGGCACCUUUGCAACAUGGACAUCAUUGUGAAGCUGCCUGUCCAAGUUGAUGAGCUUCCCAACUACAGUGUGACCACACUGACUAUUGCCAUCGUGGCGCCCAUCAUUGUUCUCAUCAUCCUCUCUGCUGCGGCUAUCCUCGCGUUCAGACGCAUCCACCGCAACCAGAUGGAGAGACUGCCAUCACGAGAGGCUGAAUAUGGAACUAUCGAUGGACUCAUAGCAUCUAACGUGGGGGAGAGCACUCUGGCGGAUCUGCUGGAUCACUCCUGCACCUCAGGAAGUGGUUCAGGGCUCCCUUUCCUUGUUCAGAGAACCGUUGCUCGACAAGUCACACUCAAUGAGUGUGUAGGUAAGGGCCGGUAUGGUGAAGUAUGGAGGGGGCAGUGGCAGGGAGAGAGUGUCGCUGUGAAAAUCUUCUCCUCCAGAGAUGAGAAGUCGUGGUUCAGAGAGACUGAAAUCUACAACACCGUACUGCUGAGACACGAGAAUAUCUUGGGCUUCAUUGCCUCAGACAUGACUUCCAGAAAUUCCAGUACUCAGCUGUGGCUCAUCACUCAUUUCCAUGAAAUGGGCUCCUUGUACGAUUAUCUUCAACUCAGCACACUUGAUGCAUCCAGCUGCCUCCGCAUGGCACUCUCCAUAGCAAGCGGCCUUGCACAUUUACACGUUGAGAUCUUUGGCACUCAGGGCAAGCCAGCCAUCGCCCACCGAGACCUCAAGAGCAAAAACGUAUUGGUGAAAAAGAAUGGACAGUGCUGCAUCGCUGACCUUGGCCUUGCUGUCAUGCAUUUUCAAGACACUAAUGAGUUAGAUGUGGGCAACAACCCUAAAGUUGGCACAAAGCGCUACAUGGCCCCUGAGGUGCUUGACGACUCCAUCCAGAUGGAUUGCUUUGAGUCCUUUAAAAGAGUGGACAUCUGGGCCCUCGGUCUUGUCCUGUGGGAGAUCGCCAGGAGGACAGUCAGCAAUGGCAUAGUAGAGGACUACAAACCACCUUUUCAUGAUGUGGUCCCAAAUGAUCCCAGCUUUGAGGACAUGAAAAAGGUCGUGUGUGUGGAUCAGCAGAGGCCCAACAUCCCAAACCGAUGGUUUUCAGAUCCAACUUUGACCUCUAUGGCUAAACUCAUGAAGGAGUGCUGGUACCAGAAUCCGUCAGCCAGAUUAACAGCACUGCGCAUCAAAAAGACUCUUUCGAAGAUCGACAGCUCUCUGGAUAAAAUAAAAACAGACGUUUGAGUCUUUCCCCAGAAAAAGGGGCCUUUGCGGACAACCAGAGGAUGGACCAGACAAACCUCCAGACAAAAAAGACUUAGUGGGUUUAGUGCCCUUAUAGUGGCACAGACCUAUAUUUAUUUUAAAAGACUUGUUGGGACACAUUUUGGCAUCCAAAGAUGGCUUAUCGGGCAUUUCUGAGACUGCCCAGUGGUUUUGAAAAAGGAAAAUAUCUAUUCAAUUUAUGCGAUAGGAGCAGGACUGUUGGAAAUGUUCUAUAAGAGAGACAUUGUUUGCUGGGCAUUUCAGUAUGGAUGUUUUUGUUAGAAUUGCAGACUUUGUUGGACACAUUUUUUAGUUUGAAAGACAUCUGAACAUAGCAGUUUUACUUCUCUCUUUAAUUGUUCUGCAUCCAUUUGCAUUAUGGCAGGUUACUUUGGGAAGCAAACCAACUUGCCUGUUUGAUUUGACAUACCUUCUUUAACAGUAAUCUCUACAAGUCGUGUAAUGUUUGUGCGUCAUGCACCACUGUUUACAAUAUUGUCAGACCAAGUUAACUUGGGAUUUCAUCAGUUCUCUAAUAUUCAAUAGUACAGCGACGUCACUGGCACUGUUCUUUUCCUGAUGCGUUAUCCAACUAAAGGAACCUUUUCAUGUAUCGCCUGGAAUUUUACAGUUUUGUUUAGUUUUGUCAGCUUUACAGAGACAAAUGCUAAAAUAUCAAAUACAAUAUCUGCUAGAUUAUGCUGAAUUCUUCUGUAUAAGGCCCAUAAGUUGGCCUGUAAAAGCCUGUAUACUGUCUUAACGCGUGCAUUUUUGUCUUAAUGCGUGCUUUGUCAAGUAAAUGAAGUCAAACUUCAGCCUUUAUUUUAUUUUAUUUUUUUUAUUUCUUUAACAUUUUAUAUUAAUUAGUGAUUUCUAUUAAUUAAAUAGAAAAAAAAACAUUAAAUCCGUCUCAUUUGUUUUGAUGAUGUGAUGUGUUGGUGUGUCAGUCAUGGUUGAAAUAUGCCAUUAUGAAUUGUAGUUAAAGAUUUCACCUUCAGAAAAGGAUUUUAACAUACAAGCAUGUUCCUACAACAUCAUAAGCGACUCAAAAAUGACCUUCUACUUUUACAAAUAUUCACUGCCUCAAGCUGAUGUUUUGUUUGUGAUAGAAUUUCCAUUUGUCCAACAUCAAUACAAUAAAAGCGGCAUUCA